UCGUGAUCCACACAACUGUGUGGACCGUAUUGCAUUACUCCCAUAUAGGAAUGUAAACAAAUAAAAUAUUUUUAAUUCAAAUUUGAAUAUUUCAAUUCGAAUUUUAAUUGUUCGAAUACGAAUCCGAAUUCAAAUAUAUAUUUCGAAUCGAAUAGUGCUUUCCUAGUCAUGAAAGGAUUGUGUAUUUCUCCUUUAUCCAUACAACUUCUAAAUCGAUUAAAUUAAGGUUAUUGCAUGCACGAACUCACGCCUAUAUAUAUAUACCAACAAUCUAAUCCCAAAAACAGAAGAAACUAAAAAUCGUGUUUUCUGAAUUCCCCAAAUUAAAACGACAAUCUAUCAAUUAUUACGUGGGCAUGGAACGACAAGAACAUAUUCCAGACGGCUACAUAUUUCGUCCAACAGACGCAGAGUUACUGAGCUAUCUUGCUCUAUAUGUUACCGGCAAACCCGUAUUAUCCACCGUCCCGAUUACGGAGAUCGAUCUAUACAACGGAGAGGAGCCAUCGGAGAUAUUCAAACGAUCAAGAGAGAAGGUUAUGUACAUUUUUACCACCUUAAUAAGGAGGAGUUCCAGCGAUUCACGAUACAUUCGGACCAUUAGAGAUGGAAAGGGGACCUGGAAGGCACAAGACAGAGGAAAACCGAUUUACAGAAGAUACGGUAAUGAUGACGAUGAUAACCAACACUUGAGACAACUUAUCGGAUACAAGAGGAGUUUGAGGUACGAGAAAAGUGGAUCAAAAUAUGACGGCCGAUUCUUGAUGAAAGAAUAUUAUUUUCCCAGCCACAUAAGAGCCACACUAGAAAGGCCAUUGAAUGACACUGUCCUUUGUAGAAUCAAGAGGAAACAAAAUAAUAGAGACAUUAUGGGUUUCGAGAGUGGAUCGAUUGAAGAAGCACGAAACAUCGGAGACAUCAUCGGCAAAUUGACGAAAUCUAAUAGUUCUUCGGAAGUUAACUCUCUUCUAGAGACGUCGCAUUAGUCCCAAUGAAUUGAAGGAGAUAGUUUUCAUUGUUCCUUUUGGGGC